AUGACGACCGAGGACUGUCCCGUGCCACUGGGUGUGUCCCAGUCGGGGGCGGGGCUCUGCGAGGACUACGGCCCGACGCAGGCGGACGACAUCAUCGAGGAAGUGGGCGGCCCGGCGGACGACGUGAGCAGCGACCUGAGCACGCUGGUGGUGCCCUUCCCGGAGCUGGCGCCCGUCGUCUUCUUCUGCCUCAAGCAGACCACCUUCCCGCGGAGCUGGUGCAUCCGCAUGGUGUGCAGCCCGUGGUUCGAACGAAUCAGCAUCAUGGUGAUCCUGCUCAACUGCGUCACCCUCGGCAUGUACCAGCCCUGUGAGAACAUCGACUGCACCUCCGACCGAUGCCAGGUUCUACAGGCGUUCGAUGCCUUCAUCUACAUCUUCUUUGCACUGGAGAUGGUGGUGAAGAUGGUGGCUCUGGGGAUCUUUGGCCGUCGCUGCUACCUUGGCGAUACGUGGAAUCGACUGGACUUUUUCAUCGUCAUGGCAGGGAUGGUUGAAUACUCCCUGGAUCUCCAGAACAUCAAUUUCUCCGCCAUCAGAACGGUGCGAGUUCUGAGACCACUCAAAGCCAUCAACCGAGUUCCCAGCAUGCGUAUCCUGGUGAACCUGCUGCUGGACACUCUGCCCAUGUUGGGGAACGUGCUCCUGCUCUGCUUCUUCGUCUUCUUCAUCUUCGGCAUCAUCGGCGUGCAGCUGUGGGCCGGACUGCUGCGCAACCGCUGCUACCCAGAAGAGAACUUCACACUCAACUCAGGGAUCACCCUCCCGGCGCCGUACUACCAGCCCGAGGAGGACGACGAGCGGCCCUUCAUCUGCUCGCUGGCGCAGGACAACGGCAUCGUGACGUGCCGCGACGUGCCCACGCGGCGCGAGGGCGGCCGCGAGUGCUGCCUGGACAAGGAGGACGUGCUGCACCGGCAGGCGCUGGGCCUGGGCCCCGAGCCGCUGGCCAACGGCAGCGCCGGCGUCAUGGGCCUGUGCGUCAACUGGAACCAGUACUACACGCGCUGCCACACGGGCUACAGCAACCCGCACAAGGGCGCCAUCAACUUCGACAACAUCGGCUACGCCUGGAUCGUCAUCUUCCAGGUGAUCACGCUGGAAGGCUGGGUAGAGAUCAUGUACUACGUCAUGGAUGCCCACUCCUUCUACAACUUCAUCUAUUUCAUCUUCCUUAUCAUUAUCGGCUCCUUCUUCAUGAUCAACCUGUGCCUGGUGGUCAUCGCCACGCAGUUCUCGGAGACCAAGCAGCGCGAGCACCAGCUGAUGCAGGAGCAGCGCGCCCAGUGCCUGUCGUCCAGCACGCUGGCCUCGCUGACCGAGCCGGGCGACUGCUACGAGGAGCUCUUCCAGCUGGUGUGCCACAUGCUGCGCAAGGCCCGCCGCCGCUCCGCCGCCCUCUACUACCAGCUCCGCGGGCGCCCGCCGCCGCCCGGUGGGGGGAGAGGGGGCAGGGCGGGCAGGGGUGGCGGCGGCGGUGGCGGAGGGGGCAGCGCCAACGGAGGGGAGAGGCACCACGGGCAUUCGGGCCAUGUGUCCCACUGUCUGCAUCAGAGCAAGCUGGAGCACAGCUCCCAGGCUCUGGACAACGCCAUCUCCCUUUCCGUCACCUCCAACCCCGAGGACUGCCCCCAGUGCUCCGCCGCGCUGUCACUCAGGGAAGGGGAGGGAGCCAUGGGCGACUCGGCCAACGGGGAGGACGAGGAGGGGGCCCUGGAGGAGACGGACAGGGAGGAGAACCACUUGGACGAGCGGAAGGAGGACGAGGGGGCGGAGGAGCCCAAGCGGCGGGCCAAGCGGAGGUCGUGCCUGGGCUUCAUCAAGGACGUGUGGGACGAGAUGCGGGUCCGGCUGUGGAGCAUCGUGGAGAGCAAGUACUUCAACAGGGGCAUCAUGAUCGCCAUCCUCAUCAACACCAUCAGCAUGGGCAUCGAGCACCACAACCAGCCUGAUGAGCUGACCAAUGUCCUGGAGAUCUGCAACAUAGUCUUCACCAGCAUGUUCACCUUGGAGAUGAUUCUGAAGCUGACUGCCUUUGGGUUCUUUGAAUACCUGCGUAACCCAUACAACAUCUUUGAUGGCAUCAUUGUGAUAAUCAGCGUGUGUGAGAUCAUUGGUCAGGCGGACGGCGGUCUGUCGGUGCUGCGGACCUUCCGGCUGCUGCGCGUGAUCAAGCUGGUGCGCUUCAUGCCGGCCCUGCGCAGACAGCUGGUGGUGCUGAUGAAGACCAUGGACAACGUGGCCACCUUCUGCAUGCUGCUCAUGCUCUUCAUCUUCAUCUUCAGUAUCCUGGGCAUGCACAUCUUCGGCUGCAAGUUCAGCCUGAAGACGGAGGCCGGCGACACGGUCCCCGACAGGAAGAACUUCGACUCCCUGCUCUGGGCCAUCGUGACCGUGUUUCAGAUCCUGACCCAGGAGGACUGGAACAUGGUGCUGUACAACGGCAUGGCCUCCACCUCUCCGCUGGCCGCCCUCUACUUCGUGGCGCUCAUGACCUUCGGCAACUACGUGCUCUUCAACCUGCUGGUGGCCAUCCUGGUGGAGGGCUUCCAGGCCGAGGGAGAUGCCAAUCGCUCCUACUCUGAUGAUGACCGAUCCUCUUGCAAUUUCGACGAGACCGAUAAGCAGAAGGAUCCCCUCCAGCUGUCAGAUCCCAAAAUCUGCACGCUCACGCCGAACGGGCACCUGGACCUGGCGCCGUCGCCGGCCGGCGUGGGGCUGUUCCCGGCCGAGCGCCUCACCUUCGCCCUGGGCCACCGCAAGAGCAGCGUCAGCUCACUGGGGCGGGCCGGCCUGGAACCAAGGCCGCUGUGUCCAGGACGUGGCUCUCUGUACCACACCUGGGGCCGGCCCCUGCCACAGACGCUGUGGCACCGCCGCUCCAGCUGGAACAGCCUGGGCCGCCCCGCCCGGGCGCUCGGGGUGGGUCUGGGCGCCGGCGGAGGCGGGGGAGGCGGGGGCAGCCUGCGUCUCCGCGGCCCGCCUCAGUCCUACCUGGCCGAGCAGGAGUCGCUGCUGUCGCCUCCGCCCCUCCACCUGCCCCCGCACCUCCUCUCCCGGCACCUGUGCCCGCGCCGCGAGCGCCGCGCCUACUCCCUGGAGCUGCCCGAGCUGCUGCAGGUGCCCCCGGGGCUGACCGGCGGGCCGCUGCUGCCCCUGCCCCCGCUGCACGCGGCUCACGUGCCCCCCCGCAAGAAGAGCUUCUCGGAGGGCGUGGUCGUCGAGCACCAGGACUGCAACGGCAAGACGCCGCUGUCGGCCCAGCAGCGGCUCCUCACGGAGGUCUAUCCCCAGGUCAACACGCGCAAGGACCGGGAGGACCUCGAAGACGAGCUGGACUACAGUUUGUGUUUCCGGAUCCAGAAGAUGAUCGAGGUGUACCGGCCCGAGUGGUGCGAGGCUCGAGAGGACUGGUCCAUCUACCUCUUCUCCCCCCGGAACAGGUUCAGGCAGAUGUGUCAGUCCAUCAUAGCGCACAAGCUGUUUGACUAUGUGGUUCUGGCCUUCAUCUUCUCAAACUGCAUCACUGUGGCCCUGGAGAGACCCAAGAUUCUGCAGGGCAGUCUGGAGCGGGUGUUCCUCACCAUAUCUAAUUACAUCUUCACCGCCAUCUUCGUAGGGGAGAUGGCACUCAAGGUGGUGUCGAUGGGGUUCUAUCUGGGCGAGCAGGCCUACCUCCGUAGCAGCUGGAAUGUUCUAGAUGGCUUCUUGGUCUUCGUAUCGCUCAUUGACAUCGUGGUUUCGAUGGCGGGCGGGGCCAAGAUUCUAGGUGUGCUGCGGGUACUCCGGCUCCUCCGGACACUGCGCCCCCUCAGGGUUAUCAGUCGAGCCCCAGGGCUGAAGCUGGUGGUGGAGACGCUGAUCACCUCUCUGAAGCCCAUUGGAAACAUUGUGCUGAUCUGCUGCGCUUUCUUCAUCAUCUUCGGCAUCCUCGGAGUCCAGCUUUUCAAAGGGAAGUUUUUCCACUGCCUGGGUCCAGAUGUCAAGAACAUCACCAACAAGUCCGACUGCCUCCUGGCCAAUUACAAAUGGGUCCAUCACAAGUACAACUUUGACAACCUUGGGCAGGCUCUGAUGUCACUGUUCGUCCUGGCCUCUAAAGAUGGCUGGGUCAACAUCAUGUACCACGGCCUGGAUGCUGUGGGAGUGGACCAGCAGCCGGUGACCAACAACAACCCGUGGAUGCUGCUCUACUUCAUCUCGUUCCUGCUGAUCGUCAGCUUCUUCGUGCUCAACAUGUUCGUGGGCGUGGUGGUGGAGAACUUCCACAAGUGCCGUCAGCACCAGGAGGUGGAGGAGGCCAAGAGGAGGGAGGAGAAGAGGCAGCGCCGCAUGGAGAAGAAGAGACGGAAGGCUCAGAAGUUGCCCUACUACUCCAGCUACAGCCCCGUGCGUCUGAUGAUCCACAACCUGUGCACCAGCCACUACCUGGACCUCUUCAUCACCUUCAUCAUCUGCAUCAACGUGGUCACCAUGUCCCUGGAGCACUACAGCCAGCCUCGCUCCCUGGAGAUAACACUGAAGUACUGCAAUUAUGUCUUCACCACAACCUUUGUGCUGGAGGCUGUUCUGAAGCUCAUCGCCUUCGGAGUCCACCGCUUCUUCAAAGAGAGGUGGAACCAGUUGGACCUGGCCAUCGUGCUGCUGUCGGUGAUGGGCAUCAUCCUGGAGGAGAUCGAGAUCAGCGCCGCGCUGCCCAUCAACCCCACCAUCAUCCGCAUCAUGAGGGUGCUGCGCAUAGCGCGCGUGCUAAAGCUGUUGAAGAUGGCUACCGGGAUGAGAGCUCUUUUGGACACCGUGGUGCAAGCUCUACCACAGGUGGGGAACCUGGGCCUCCUCUUCAUGCUGCUCUUCUUCAUCUACGCCGCUCUCGGAGUGGAGCUCUUUGGUGAACUGGUCUGUAAUGAGGAGUAUCGCUGUGAGGGGAUGAGCCGACACGCCACCUUUGAGAACUUUGGAAUGGCUUUCCUCACCCUCUUCCAGGUUUCCACUGGCGACAACUGGAACGGCAUCAUGAAGGACACACUGCGCGAGUGCCCGCCAGGCACGGAGUACACGUGCAACCCCAGCCUGCAGUUCAUCUCGCCCAUGUACUUUGUGAGCUUCGUGCUGACGGCGCAGUUCGUGCUCAUCAACGUGGUGGUGGCCGUGCUCAUGAAGCACCUGGACGACUCCAACAAGGAGGCGGCCGAGGAGGCCGAGAUGGACGCCGAGAUCGAGCUGGAGAUGGCGCAGGCCACCCUCUGCUGCAUGGGCGGCGUGCCCGGCGUGGCCGGCGGCAGCAGCAAGGGCCGGAGCGACCAGUGCGGAGGACUGCCGGGGCCCAGCACCGGCGCCCACGUCCACUCGGCCACCCCGCACGCCAGCCCCCGAGAGCCCCGCGGGGACCCCCACCGGAUCUACUCGCCUGCCCAGGAGAACCUGUGGUUGGACAGUGUGUCUCUGCUGAUCAAAGACUCCUUCGAGGGCGAGAUGCUGAUGAUUGACAACCUCUCGGGGUCCGUCUUCCACCACUACUCCUCCCCUCCCGUCUGCAAAGACUGCAAGACUCACCCGCAAGAGAUCCGAAUGGCCGAGUUGGAGCAGGCUUCCCUGAGGUCCGAGCAGCUCUCGGACAAGUCCUCGUCGCCGGCGCUGCCCGACAACCUCAGCCUGGACGAGCAGAGCGUCUUUCAGCUCCUGGUCCAGGACAGCAAGGAUGAGGAGGACGUCCACAGCUGUGAGGAGACCGAGGUCCAUCAGCAGGGUUGGGACACGGCACCCUCAGACCCGCGGCGCUCCCACGGCCACUGCUCUCUGAUGGAGGUGGGGGAGGCGCGGCCGGAGGAGCGGGCCCAGAAUCAGCUGCAGCAGUCCAGCCUCUCCCUGCCAGAGCACAGCCCUGGCUCGUCGCCCAGCCCCUUCCAGCUCCCGGCCGAGUUCUUCCACCCGGCAUCGGCGGCCAUCCCGGCGCCGCCCAGGGCCCGCUACGGCCACCGGUCCAAGCGGCUGAGGAUGACCUCUCCCGCGUCCUGGGCCUCGCUGAGGUCUCCGGGAGCCAACAGCAGGAUGCUCUGCACCCAGUACCCCUCCCACAGCGACUCUUCUCUGGCCACGGGGAGCUCCGAGGGCAGUCUCCAGACCACCAUGGAGGAGGGCCUGAGCUUCAGCGUGUCGCCGCCUCAGGACCUAGAUCUUCCCCUGCCCUCGCACUCGCUCUCCUCGCGGGACUGUGGCGACGCCAGCAGCCCGCACCGCAGAGACACCCUGACGCCGCACACCGUCGCCACCUCCGUCAAGUUCAGCCUCCAGGCCACCAGGGGUCACCAGAGGAGCCAGAGCAGCAGCUGCGGGGGCAGCACCAGCCCCGGCUGCCACCGGGAGGACUCGAUGGACCCUUCCGACGAGGACCUGGGCAUCGUGAUCGGCGGCUGCAGCAACAGCGAACAGUUGUCCGAGACGCUGAGCAGCCUCUCGCUCACCUCCCUCCUCUGCUCCAGCUCACUGCUGCCCCCGGUGGUGAAGAAGAGCAACAGCACGGGCAGCCUGGACCAGGGCAAUCUCUCCGGCAGGGGGAAGGACGCUCGGCCCCAGGUUUACCCGAGCAACCCCUGGUCAGACCAGAGGAUAGGCAGGGUGGAGGUGGAGGGCGAACAAUCAGACAUGACAGAACUGGAGGGGAAGAGUACAAGCCAAAUAACAGUAGUGGCCUCCAAGAAAAACAGAUGA